AUGGCGGGCCAGUCGUGGGGCGCCCUCGAGAUCGUCGACGAGGCGGACGCGACGCCCCGUGUCGUGGAGCUCAGGGGCGCGAGCGCAAUCGUUGUCGGGCGCACCCACCAGGCAAACGUGGUCAUCCCCGUUCCGUUCGUCUCCUCGGCGCACUGCACGCUGCACUGCGUGGGCGCCGAGUCGGGCACCGAGCUUCCCCGCGUGCGGCUGGUGGACACGUCGUCGAACGGGACCUUCAUCAACGGCAAGCUGAUCGGCAAGAAUGGCGAGGUCGACGUCGCCGAGGGAGAUACGCUCACCUUCUCGCGCGCGCAGCGGUACCCGCUCGCGCGGCUCUCGUCGCUCGCCGCGCCGCUCCCGCCAUCCGCCGCCGAGUCCGACUCGGACUCCUCGCGCCCCGCCAAGCGCGGCCGCGCGGGCGCGCAGGACAGCGCCUUCCUCGCGAACGAGGCGGCAGCGUCCGAGGAGAGCGCGCGGCUCCGGUCCGAGCUGACGGCGGCGCGCGAGGCCGAGUCGCGCGAGGCGGCCAAAGAGGCUGCGGCGCUCCUCCGCGCCCAGCGCGCCGAGCAGGAUCUCGCCGCACUCCCGCUAUGA